AUGAAAGUAUUGGUAUUGUUAACAUUUUUAUGUCUAUAUGAUACACAAGCUUCGCCGACUGACAUUAACUUACUUUCUUCCUGGUUAAAACAACAGCAAUAUACUAACCAAUCAAUCCCACAAAGUCUUGGUGCUGUAAAAGUUCAUUACAGUCCAGCAACUAAUGAUCAGAAAGGGACUGGAUACUUUCGUGUCAGUCCGUAUCUAUCAAAUCUGGGUAUGAUAGGUUUAUUGCAGGCGAAUAACACAUUCAUGGAUACAGUAAAGCUCUGGAUUGUAUGGUAUUUUUCACAUCUCAACCAAAAGAGUGCACCAAGUGGUGUACCUUUCGAACAUUUCUAUGAUGUUAACGGUAAUCAAGAAACGAUUUGUGUUCAACCUGGAUCUAGUACAUUUUGUAACUAUAAUGAUGCUACCGAUAGUGCUGCUGCCACAUUCCUCUACCUACUCAAGUCUGCUUAUACAUUUGGUCUUCCAAAAAGUGUUCUAGUUCAAUAUAAAGGAAACAUAGAAAAACUCGGCAACCUUCUUCUAAGUUUGCAACAGCCCGAUGGAUUACUCUGGGCAAAAACUGAUUACAGAGUCAAGUAUCUGGAAGACAACUGUGAAGUCUUUGCUGGCCUAAAAAGUCUUUCUUAUAUCGAGCAAUAUGUUUUCCAAAAUGUUACACAAGCAGGUGUAUAUAAUAAAGCUGCUGAUCGAAUUCAAUCUGCAAUUUUACGUGAACUCUACAAUAAUACACUGAAACGCUACCGUGUUGCCAAAUUUGAAAGCGGCACUUUCUAUGAUGCCAACCCAGAUAUCUGGUACCCUGAUUUACAAGCUCAGUUUUGGCCUCACCUAUGGGAAGUCGUAGCAUAUAAUGAUGUAAAGACUCAAAAUGUUCUCAAACUGAUGACGAAUCGCUGGAAUGAUUGGACGAAAAAUCCUACUUACGCUACAGGAUGGAUAGAAUCGGGUGUUGCUCAUGCAAUAUGGUUAACAGGCGACAAAAAUCAUACAAUGUUAUAUCUACAAGCUGUAAAACGCCUGAAGUUUCCUCUAUUUCCAUGGCCAUUUACAGUAACAGAUGCUGGUUGGUUAAUUCAGACAUUUUCACAACAGACCAUGGUCUAA